AUGGCUGGUCUGACCAGCACUUUCCAUCACCCUUGCAAAUCAAAUCUCUGCAAACCCCUCAAGCCCUCAUCUUUCCACCUCCGCAUUUUUUCGCUGCGCAUCGGUGCUCCCACUACCGGCGGUUGCCUCUCCAUUUCCACAAUUCGAACCACCAUAUCCGCGCGUUACGGCGGCGGCGGUUCCUUUCAGAGGUACGAGCCUAGUUAUGAAGAUGAAGACGACGAUGAAGCCCUGGACAUCUCUUCUAUUAGUUCGGAUACUGUUAGACUUAUUGAUGAGCAGCAGAAAAUGGUUGGGAUAAUACCCAAGGCUCAGGCUGUACAAAUGGCUAAUGAUGCUAAGCUUCAGUUGGUGAUAUUAUCCCCAGACGCAGACCCUCCUGUUGUUAAAAUAAUGAAUUAUGAUAAGUAUAGAUACAAGCAGCAGAAGAAGACAAGAGAUCAGCAGAAAAAAAGUAUGGUGAAUAUUUUGAUGUCUUUUAUGCGUAUUUACAAUAUUGAUGUACACGACUAUUCUGUGCGUCUGAAAGCUGCUCACAAGUUCUUGAAAGACGGUGACAAGGUUAAGGUCAUAGUAAACAUGAAGGGGCGUGAAAAGGAAUUCAGAAAUAAUGCUAUUGAGCUUCUCAAGCGGUUCCAAGUCUUUCCGUCCUCCAGCGAACCUUCGACCGGCGAGCUCGCGCCGCCGUCGCCGCCUUCACGUCGGCGAAUCCUCCUAGCCACAGCUCCACGACCUUCACGUCAAGCCCGCAACCGAGCUCGUCGUCCACGCUGUCAGCCUGAGCCGCCUGUUUUACGACGAGCCAACGAGUCGCUGCCGUCCAGCUCGAGCCAUCCCGACCAGCUCUUUUCCAACUCUGACAAGAACACGUCGAGCCCACCAAGCCGCUGUCGAGCUCACCAGCUCGCCGUCCUUCACGAAGUCCAGCUCAGCCCUUCACGGCGACCCGAACCACCACUGCGCCCAGCUCCCUUCUCGCGCAUCCUCCACGCUGGUGGACCAUCGCUGCACCAUCCACAACAGUCCCAGCUGAAUCCCAUCGCUGGCAGCCACUGUUCACCGACGACCAGCCAUCCUGCUCGCUGA